AUGAUGAAGUGCGCAUACUUCCCGCGCCUCCUGUGCCUCCUGGGCCUUCUACCCCCCUUUGCAACCGUUGCAUUAAGAACAUCAUGCCUCGACCUGGGGAAGCACAAGGGGUACCAGUUUUUAACCCCCCGAGUGGAGUUUUCCCCCAAAAAAAGAGAAAGCGCGAAAAAAUAUGACCAAGGAAGGGGGAUAAAUCUAAAUGAAAAGCUAUCCUCAGUGGAAAACAAAAAUGAAGAAAUCGGUGGGAAACACAUCUCGUCUGUCAUGUCAUACGACACUGCUAACACCAUCAACAUUGAGGAAAUAAAAAAUGUACUUCCACAUAGGUACCCAUUCCUCUUGGUUGACAAAGUAAUUCAUGUAGAAAGGAAUAAAAAAAUAAUUGGCCUCAAACAAGUUUCCGCUAAUGAACAAUUUUUCAAUGGCCAUUUCCCUGCCAAGGCAAUUAUGCCUGGCGUUUUACAAGUAGAAGCCUUGGCCCAGCUGGGGGGGAUACUAUGUCUCACAAAUGAAGAAAAUAGUGGGAGGGACAAUUUAUUUUUAUUCGCUGGGGUGGACGGCGUCCGCUGGAAGAAACCAGUCAUUCCAGGUUAA